UCCAGGACAAACCUUUUAUUCUCUUUUAACAUUAAAAAAUACAUAGAGGAAGUUAUGUUUAAACAUGACUAUUUCCAUUGAUAUUCAUCUGGCCAUUUGAAAGCUACCUUUUCUUUCCCAUAAUCUUCCGCACCGAAUAUACGUUCCAUUCUUAAGCUAGUCAGUUUCCGGUGUUAAGAAAACACACCACAGAAAAGCGUUGUUUUCUCUCGAUCAGUUCAACGGCCUAGCACUGUGGGUUACCGUGAUUCUUUACCUGCCAAUCUUAGUCAUUGGGUUCCCAGCCGGCGUCUGCCGCCAUUUUUGUUUUGGGCCCUCUUUGAAAGCCGCGAGAUUCUAAAUAGAGGCCAUUUUUCUUUUGGGCUGAUUCCACGGGCUACCAAAGGGUUUCGUCGCCAUCUUAAAUCCUGGCUGUGGCCUCAAUCCGACAGUGAAGCUGCCCAGAUCAUCUUGUGUUUGGGCGGCGGCUGAGUUCCCAAACGCGCGCGGAGACCCUGGGAAGGAGGAAGUAGGCGCGAACGUGAUUCCUCUAAGCUUCAAAAGGUUGGCUGCAGUGCCGGCUGCCUGUGUAGUCCGAGUUUCCACAGCCAGGUGCUACUCAACCAGUGACCCUGGACAGUAACAAAACAUGUAAAAGCCCGAGCCCAAACCCCGCCACCAGCAUAGGUCUGUAGUUACUGUGGAACCAGUAAGCCAUGGCAUCUAAGAAAUUUGCUGUUAAAUGUGGGAAUUUUGCUGUCCUGGUGGAUCUUCAUAUAUUGCCGCAAGGUUCAAACAAAGAUACAAGCUGGUUUUCUGAACAGAAGAAAGAGGAAGUCUGUUUACUGUUAAAAGAAACCAUUGCUUCAAGAGUUCAGGAGCACUUGGAAGUUCGCAAGCAGCACAGGCCAUCAAACGCAGAAUUCACGAGAUCCAGUCCCUUGGCCUUAAAAGGUUAUGGCUUUCAAAUCACAGCAUAUUUCCUCAAGAGAGGGAUACGCCUUCGCUGCAUCAGGAGCUCACAGAAUGCUGAACUCCAUGUAUUCCCUGACAGAUUUGUGGUUUGUGUCAGUCAGCUUGCAUUCAGUCACGAUCUUUUGGCAAAUCAGAAUGAAGAUUUGACAAAAAGAGUUCUCCAUGGAGUGUCUGAUUACUUUGCUGAGUGUGCAGAGAGUUCACUUCCUCCCAGUGCAAAGCUCCGGAGAAAUGCUCUGAAAGAAAUUGUGAAAAGAACUGAAACGAAAAGCAGUGUCAUGAGCAAAUCACAGCCCAGAAGAGAUACUGUGGAAACAUCUAGUGACUCAGUGAUUGUAGAGAUAGCAAGGAGGAGGAAUAAUGGUCAGGCUUCCUCCAGUCCCCCAUCAGAAUCCACAGGACAAGCAAAGGAUUACAUAAAGGCAGCUGAGAGCCACUGGGGGCUUCCUGUUCAAAAGCUGGAAAAAGUUAAUCAGACCCAGCCAGAAGACACUAGCGGCCAGCAAAAACCUCAUCCUGGGGAGCGGUUACAGACAGGGCUUCUAAGCGGGAGCCCUGUCUGUAGCUGUGAGUCAGCAUCAGCAGGUCCAAAACAAAGUCCACGAGUGGCCCAAACCCAACAGAAACGAAGGAACUGCAGCCCUGCGGAAGACUUCGACCACCACAAGAGAGUUUCUCCUGGAAGCGAUCGAUUAGUCCCAAGAGAAAUAAUAGUGGAAAAAAGCAGAACUGUUAGGGGUUUGCCAGCUUUAGAGUUGUUAGAUCCGGGUUACUUUUGAAACAAGAUUUGGCAAAAAACCACGUCUAAGGAAGAGUUGCAUGUUGUGGAAAGUCUCUCCUCAAGACAUCUUAUGAAAAAUAACCCAGGGCAGGCACAGCAAACCAGCUCAGCCACAAACACUGCAAGAUUAUCUGCAAUUCAGAACAGCCCAACCAAGAAAAGAAAGAAAUAUGAAAGGGGCCACUAACACCAAAGAGGAUUGCAGCGCUGGAGUUGAGGACGUAGUGGGCCAAACCUGUGACAAGAGAGCUGUGUGUAUAGAUGCCGGAAUUUUAAAGGAAUUUAUUAGAAUGAUUAAUUUAAAUAGGAAGUAUGUUAUCUGUGUUGUGUGGCUAUGGUUUGUUGUCAAAGCAUUUCAAAUCAGGAGGCUAUAUGCUUGUUCUAACAGCAGUGCUACUUUCUCAUUGUAUUUUAUGCCUGUCUUCAGAGAAUUGGUAUUAUGACAAAGAGCCAUCCACCUUGUCAGGAAGGAGAGUAUGCAAGGACUGCAUGAAGAAACUGAUCAUGAGCCCCUUCUUGGGACAUCACUAUGCAGUGGACCACACAGAGACAGUACCACCACGCUGCCAUUCAGCUCCAGGGGUACAAUCCAUCCUCCCACUCCUCAGCCUGAGUAGUAGGGCAGUGGAGGAACAGUAUGUGGUCCUGGGACCAGCUUCCUUGUCUGGAAAUGUGCUAGAAAUGUGGUUAUUGGGCCCUGCCCCUGCUAAGUAACUACCUCUGGGUGAUUCUGAAACAGGCUCGAGUUUGAGAACCACUGGACUAAUGGAACACUCCCCGGUGCUUCCUCCAACCUGGCUGCCAUGGUCUCCUGCUCGUCAGAUGGAGGCAGAUGUGGACAUGCAUCCCCUUGGACUCUCUCAAACUUGUAAAACACUUGGGUUGGGGGUAUGGAUUACUCUCUUCCCGGGUUCUUCAGUAUGGCAGCCAUAGUACCCAGAAAGCUGUUACUUACCCCUAUAAUUGUUGAAGUUGGUGGGUAGUUCUUCCCAGCAUGAGGGGAAGACAUUGGAGAGGCUUGUUGCUGCCUAUAGCUCAAGCCUGUCCCAGUCCCUCCUCUUGUGCCCACCUGCAGGAUUUUGGUUUGGGACAAACCAGAACCUAACGAGAACUCAGUGACUAGUUUCCAGUUUCCCAGUUGGAAAGCUUCACAGGCAGUUCAUAUUUCAAAAUGGGAGCCUUCCCUUUACAGUCUGCCACUGUCUCUGGUGGGCUCGCUGAAAUGUCACAUAGUGAAUUAUAGCAAUGACUUAUUUUGGAUGGACACCUGCUAAAAAUUUCCUUAACUCAGUUUCAUUCUGAAAUAGGAAGGAAACAAUAUUCAAGGUCCAUUUAUUUAGUACAUCUUUUUAUUUUCUGUUCAACAUAGGGUGGGCCUUUGAAAUAGCACCUCUCCUAAGUAAUAGGGAAAACCAAGUAUAUUCCCUAAAGUGUUGAAGUUAACAGAAAAAUCACCCAGAAAAGCCCAACAAAAUGAAAAGAAUACAGAAACAGACAUAGUGUAGGUUCAUGCUUGAGCUGGAUUAGUGGUUUCUUCCAUCUCAUUCUGUCCUUCCCCGUAUCUCCAGUCCCUACUUAUUAAGACUCAGUAAGACUCAUGAAGCAGCAGCCAUAUUUCAUGGCCCCAUUUUGGGUCAUGAAGUUCAGUCUUGGUCACCACGCCUGGCUGUGGAGGUAGAUACUGUAACUUUGACACUCCAAACCCUGCCUGGAAACCUGUCCCUCUUCCAUGAUCCAGCCUCACCAUCCCCACAUGAAACAGCCCUGCCAACUGGUGUCCUGUCCUUGUCCCUGCUGGCUUUUAUCCUGCUCCCAGUUGAACCCAAUCAAGAGAUUCUAUAGGAGAUGAGGGAGCCCAAUAGAAUGCUAACUUCAGUGGUGCUGACUCUGCUUAUACAAUAAUAGGGUGGACUGCACAGAGUGGAAUCCUCCGCAGUACUUGGUAGAAUGAGCAUUCCACAGCCCACCGUAGUCCCCUCUCUUAGGAACAACAGUAUUCUAGGUGUGCUCUUUAUUGAAGACAGCACCGCAGUGUGUCAUUGAAUCUUCUUAAACAGAAACAAUUAGAACGAUUUCUAAACAGGGAGGACACAAGUAAUAACCCAGGGGAUAGGCGAAGAAGCAGCUCUCUGGAAAAGAGUCUCGAAUUGAAACGACAUCCGUACUAGAACAAUAAUCCCUGCCUGCUCCAGAACUAGGGGGAGAUAUCUGAGCUGGAGCCACCAGAGAAAAUUUCUGUUAAGAAGUUUUUUUGUUUCUCAUCUUUUCUCCGAAGUGUCACUCUGGUAUUGAGAAGUUUUUAUUUCAUUAGCUAACCUGGGCUUGGUGGUUAAGGCUAAUACUUAGAAUGAUUCUCUGUCAAGAAAAGUCUUGGCUUUAGAGUUUGUUAUAUUUGGGGAUGUGACAAUUACUGUGAUCUAAGAGGGAAAAUAGCAUCUUUGGUUAGAUAGAUGGGGUCUUCCUCACAGCCCUCACAUCCCUUCAUGUAAAAGGGAUUUGAACAGGGUUUACAGAGGAAAUGGCUCUCAGUUCCCACACUGUGGCAUGUGUUUGAGGAAUUUUGCCUUUAAGCAUUUUUCUUGCACAUGUCUGAAACGCCCCUGGAUCUCUUGUUUUUUGAAUGGUUGUGUGAUUCUUUGGAUAUUUGGAAGUGCAAAGGGGUAAAUGGAUGCCAGGGUUUUGUUGUUGUUGUUGCUUAUUAGGUAGGAAAUGAAGGGUUCUCACUGUAGGGAAUGGUAUGUGUUUUGAUAUUCUUAAUGAUCUUAAUAAUUUGGCAUCUGAAAGUGAAACACUGUCAGUAUUCUAGUCAAAAAGGACAAGUUACUCAACCACUUACCUGGUACCCCAAAUUAUAUUCAAGUCCCUGUGACUCCAAUCUUGGAGAAGUCAAUGAUCCAAUUCCAUUGAUAUUGUAACUUCGAUUUUCCUAACUUUCUCAGUGUCAUGAAUUCUAAGCCACUCCCAUGUGCUUUCAGGUGACAUCUUAAUAUAUUGGUGUUGAGGUUAUUUCAGUGUCCAUAAACAAGAAAGGUCUGGGAACAAUCUAUGAUUUUUCUUUUUCUUUUUUUUGAUUUUUUUUGAGACAGAGUUUCGCUCUUGUUACCCAGGCUGAGUGCAAUGGCGCGAUCUCGGCUCACCGCAACCUCCGCCUCCUGGGUUCAGGCAAGUCUCCUGCCUCAGCCUCCCGAGUAGCUGGGAUUACAGGCACGGGCCACCAUGCCCAGCUAAUUUUUUGUAUUUUUAGUAGAGACAGGGUUUCACCAUGUUGACCGGGAUGGUCUCGAUCUCUCGACCUCGUGAUCCACCCGUCUCGGCCUCCCAAAGUGCUGGGAUUACACAAUCUAUGAUUUUUCUUUCACAUUUUCUUAUCUUUGCCACUAAAGGUUAACUGUCAUCCAGAUAUGCAUAUGACCUGUGAAAUGCAAAGGAGCAAGCGUUUGGGGGUGGGGGACUGGGGGAGUAAGGGCUGCAGUUCUUUUGUUCACUUAUUUUAAUACUAUAGAAGUAUAGAAGUGUAUUUUAUUUUAUAAAAAGCAACAAUCAUAAACACCCUCUGUAGUUUGAUUUAUGGAGACUAUAGCUUAUCUCUGAAAGAUCUCAAAAUACAGCUUGGGGACCAAAAUGGGAUCACAGUGUAACUGUUUGCUUUUGGUGUCAUGUUUGGAUUUUAGCAUGGAUUGUUGUGCGUAUCAGUGGCCUUUGAUUUCAGAAAAGAGCUUGGCGAGGGCAGAACACAUAAGGGAAGGAAACCUCUGCUCAAGAGAAUGGUGUGGCCAUUCCCAGUUUCCUUGAAUUCCUUCUUGGCAGGCCCUGCUAUAAUAUUUCCACAAAACUGUAAUGGGUGGCCCUCCUUUGGAGGUGACGAUGGCUUUCCUAAGAACCCAAAAUUCUCUUUUCAGCAUGCUGUGACUUGAAUAUGGAAAUCAUUUUAAUUUCUUCUUUUAUGAGGAAAUUUUCAUGCUUGGUUUGUUAAGACAAGAGAGUUCAUUCCUUAUUAUUGAAACAUUAAUGAAUUGAAACACGUUGAAGCAAGUAAAAAAGUCAAAAUUAGACUGGUUUAUCUUAAAUAGUUAAAAGCCUUCCUUAGUACAAAAUAAAUUAAGUGUUGUAAAAUGAAGUUAAUUCAGGUAAUUACCUAGAACAGAAGUCUAACCGUAUAUAUCAUUGGUAUUGCAAUUUAAGGGUAUAAUUAAAUUCUCAGAAAUCUGCAGGACUCCCUCUAAUUUGGUUUCCAUAUUUAUUUAACAAAACAGGGAACAAAUAUGUGUCAAUGUGCAGUUUAACAGAGGGGACUUGAAUGGAUAAAAUUGUCUUUAAUUAUCUAGAGCUACCCGGCAUUGGGCUUGAAUUUAAUCAUAUUAAAAUGUUUCCUUUGGCAGCAUAAUAUUACCAUACAUCGUAUUACCUUACAGUUCCUUAUCAAAAAUUUUAAUUCUUUGCUUGAGCAAAAAUCAAAAAACCAUAUGUUUAACUCUAAAGUAUUUGAUCGGGGAAAAGAAGGUGUGAAUUGGACAGAUCCCCCAAAUACUUUUUUUCAAUCAAGUUAAAGAGCCAAACAUGGCAGUAAGUCACCAGGAGAGCGCUUUUUUCCUUAGCUUCUCAUUUGUUUUGUUUUAAACUCUUUAAAUAAUUCAAUAGUUGUGCAUGCCUAAGUAAAAAUUGUUUUACUCUUUAUUCGUAAGAGUACCUUUUGACAUAAAUGUCCUGUUUUAUGAAUAAAGAGUAAAAUUGUUUUAAAAAAUUAGUGUGUAUGCUUUUGUUCUUCAAAAACAAGUGAAUUAACCCCAAAAAAACAUAUCUAUAUUGCCCUUUUCUGAACAUGCUAUUUUAAAUUAUGCUGUAUUUGUAAGAAGUGUUUUCUUUAUUGAAAUAAUCCUGCAGUUUUGAAUACUUUGUAAAAUAAUCAAAGGGGCUUUCCAUUUAACCAUUGGCCUUAUAGAUUUAGGCAGUGAAAACCCAGCAUGAAGCAUUUGGAUUAAAUUGACCUAUAAGAUUUUGGGGUGCAUACAAAGUGGACUUGUUCCCAAUUCUGCUCCCAGCUCUGAGCUAAGAUAGACCCCUUUGGCCGGAUUAAGCUACGGCACUUUGACUCCUUUCCAAGAAUCUUGACAUUCCCCAAAUGGAUUCAUUUCUGUUUUCCAAGUGGAUAUAAUCUUUACUCAGAGUGAUGAAGUCCUGGGCUGACUGCCUACGCUGCCUUUGAUUUCAGUAUUGCACACUUCUGUAGUUUGUUUUUUGUUUGUUUGUUUAACUUCUGUAGUUUUGUACAUAACUUUACAGAAGCAUGUCAGUAUCAGGUUGGAAUAGCUGUGCAUGCAAUGCUGAGAACCACCGCAGUGUAUGAGGCAUAGCUCAUUUCUUCCUAGUGUUUUGGUCAUGGUGGCCUGCCAUCUGGCCUAACCCACAGGAAAGAUGCCUUGCCCUGGCCAUGGGGGCUGGGCUUGGGAUCUGGGGACUGCAUAAUAGCAUGAGGCUGCAAGCUGCAAUCCCUGGGUCCAGGCUGCUGCUUUGCUACUAAUUGGUUUUAUGUAUUUUGGUACAAGUCAUGUAAGCUCCCAGGCCUUAGUUUCUUCAUCUGUCAAAUAAAAUUAUCUCUAAUAGUUUAAGUGCCAAACACAGCUUUUAGUGUAUCGGGAUAAACAUACCCCUCUCACGUAUUAAUUUCUCCAUCUGUUUGAAAAUGAUUCUCUACACUGGCCACCUAACUGGAUAGCUUCUAGUUCAAUCAGAAUCCCUGAGGCUUGGCCUGGGUGUUGGGAUUUUUAAAGCUCAUCAAAUAAUGAUUCUGAGGAGACACCAUAGUUCAGAACUGUUGUUUAAAAAUGUGGAGCGUGCCUGUAAAUAGCGGAUGUUAAAAGAGAGGGUCAGCUGAGUAUCUUUAGUAGAGGGGCCAGUCAGCUGAGUAUUCUCAGAAGAGGGGCUUUCUGCAAAUCAGAAGUAUACCACCUACUUUCAAGUAAAUGAGUAAGAAUGGCUUUGGGGACAAGUUGUCAGUCAACAGCCAUACAUUUUAAUCUUACAAAGAGAUGCAUUUUAUUUUCUUCUGAAGGCCCCUCUACAUUGGUUCUGCUGCUUUAGAGCCUACACAUCCAAACACAAAGAUGAGAGUCUUUGCCAACAUUGAGAAAUUGUUACCCUCGUUCAGAAGAUGGGUCUUAAAGCACCUAAAUAAUUGUCCGAAAUUUUACAUAAACCUCUGGGGUUUGCCUUUGAUCAUGAUCGUUAAUAUCAUUAAUAGGCUCUCUAAAAGUGCAUGUGAAUCUCUAGUUAGCAUUUGGCAGGGCAGUGAAAGAAUGAACGCUUUUAAAAUAGUUUGGCUCAGAAAUUGCAUCUGAAAUAACCCUGUGGGAAAAUCAGGAGAAUUUCUCAUCCUCCAAAGGAUUACCUAGGAUGAGACACUGACCUUGUGUUUUAAGUUCAGUUGCAUUUCUUAAAACCUCAUUCGUUACCCAGCCUGAUUUAUUUUCAGAGUGAAGUAGGCUGCGGGAGGGGCUGUAAAUGAUGUAUGGUUUUUAUGUUUGCCUUCUGUUUUCUGCACAGUUCCCAAAAGAUUUUUAUCAUAAUGUGUAUACAUAUUUCUUUAAAAAAAAAAAAAAAACCCAGCUUCUUCACGA